UGUGCUGUUUGCGAUGCUCCGAUAACUCACUCUGCCUCGUGCACACAUGAAUAAACAGCGCCGCAAAGAAGGCCGGCUAACGUGUUUCUUAUCGAAACAAGGGGAGGAGCGGGAGAUAAACGUGCGCGCGCGGUUAAUGAAUGGUGGAGCACAAUUUUGUUGCCAACGGCGCGAAACGCGCGCGACUGUCGGAACGGCGCGGCGCGUUUACCCACAUAUAAAGCCGGGGCUCGGGCCCGGAGAUUCCCACUUCGCUCGGAGCGGCUGUCCGAGAUGAUGACGAUCGCCGGGACCCGCCGCUGCUGCUUGCUGCUCCUGCUCGCCUUUUCGGCGGCCGACGCGAGAUCGAUCCAAGGCGCGAGAUGCGAGCUGUCGAUAGACUACCGCAAGGGGGACCUGAAGGAGCCGCAGCCUCUGAUCCUGACUGAGGCGAAGGAGCCGACGUUCCUGCUGCCCGAGCAGCACCGGCUGCUGCUCAUCCCGGCGAACGCGUCGAUCCUGCUCGCCUGCCCGGGCCGCAACAACAGCCUGCUGGGCCUGCCGGGCUCAGCCGGCUCGCAGCAGCGCGCGAGGGCCACCUGCCUCGGCGGCAAGGACUUCCUCGUGGAAUCGGAGGUGCGCUCGUUCAGCAACCUCACGUGCAAGAGGCUGCCCAAGGAGACGGUGCGGAAGGUAGCCGGCUCGACCUGCCUGGGCCGGCACGACAAGUACGAGAUCGGCUUCGCCGUCGACCGGCAGCUCUUCCUCCCGCUGAUCGAGAUCUGCCGGGACGCCUCGACGCUGCGGACGUACUACUCCAAGUACACGAUCCCCAAGGAGAUCGCGGGCUACCAGUCGCAGUACCCGCGGCCCUACUGGAAGUACGGCUCGCUCUACCCGGGCUACAACAUGAACUACGCGUUCAAGGCCGAGGUGCAGCUGCGCUCGAUGACGGCCCUGCUGGGCUCGGAGGAGCAGGCGCGCAAGUUCAUCCAGCCGGGCAAGCAGUACCUGAACCGGGGCCACCUGGCCGCCAAGGCGGACUUCGUCUACGGCGCCCAGCAGACCGCCAGCUUCUGGCACCUGAACACCGCCGCGCAGUGGGCCAGCUUCAACUCGGGCAACUGGAUGAUCGCGGAGGCCGCGGUGCGCAACCUGACGAGCUGGCGCCAGCUGGACCUGCUCGUCUACGCGGGCGUGCACGGGGUGACGAGCCUGCCGGACGUCGAGGGCGUCGAGCAGCCCCUCUACCUGUUGGUCAACGCGACCGAGAAGGCCUUCCCCGUGCCGAGGUUCUAUUGGAAAAUCAUUCACGACCCAGUCGGCAAUCGUGCCACAGCCUUCGUCGGGCUGAACGAGCCGUACGCGAGCGAAAUAACCGAGGACAUGUAUCUCUGCCCGGACGUCAGUCAGCAGGAGGGCUUCUCCUGGAUCGGCUGGGAGCCCCGCAACAUCGAGAAAGGUGUGUCCUACGUCUGCUCGGUCGCGGAGCUGCGGAAGUCCGUGCCUACGAUUCCCGCCCUGGGCGAGACCGGCCUGCUGCUGUAAUACUCGUACUGCAGCGACGCUCUUCCAGCUCUCUGUAUCACUCAAUAAAAUCUCACCGUCUACCCUUUCGACUA